AUGGAGUGGUUAUUUGGGAAAAGGAUCACUCCCGAAGAGAUGCUCAGGAAAAAUCAAAGAGCCUUGAACAAGGCAAUGAGGGAUCUGGAUAGGGAAAGAAUGAGAAUGGAACAACAGGAGAAAAAGAUAAUACAAGACAUAAAGAAGCUUGCCAAAGAUGGACAAAUGGACGCUGUGAAAAUCAUGGCUAAAGAUCUCGUGAGGACCAGGCGAUACGUGAAAAAGUUUAUGCUGAUGAAGGCGAACAUCCAAGCAGUUUCCUUGAAGAUCCAAACCUUACGGUCGCAGAACACGAUGGCACAGGCCAUGAAAGGAGUGACCAGAGCCAUGCAGAACAUGAACAAACAGUUGAACCUUCCUCAAAUACAGAAGAUACUGCAAGAGUUCGAAAAACAGUCGGAGAUAAUGGACAUGAAAGAAGAAAUCAUGAACGAUGCGAUCGACGACGCGAUGGAGGACGAGGGUGACGAGGAGGAAAGCGACGCUAUCGUAUCGCAAGUCCUGGACGAACUGGGACUGCAGGUGACAGACCAGCUCUCUGGCCUGCCACAAGCGUCCGGUUCGUUGAGCGUGGCUGGUUCGAAGCAGCCCGUCGCGACUGCAGCUGGAGGCGAGGAAGGUGGAAAUCUCGCGGACGCGGACGCGGAUCUCCAGGCCAGGCUCGAAAAUCUACGGCGCGAGUAAAUUGGCCGAGCUGUACGAAAUGUGUAAAGAGAACUUGUUAGUUUCGCACCCGCGAUUCGCUUCACACGCUCUGCGAUCUGUUAGAGAUACGAACACAUUGUUACAACAAUUGUUCAUCGAUUCGUUCGCUUUUGUAAUUUAUAAGAUUCGAGGGAGGGUUGAAGCGAAAACGUUACGCUAAUAAAGGCAUCUGUCUAAUUUUUAUAUAAAGAAAUAUAUAACAGCAAGAUAACUUCAAUUGUCUCGUGCGUGUUCGCCGCGCACAACGCGUUUUGUAAAGUGGACAAAAUACUUAGUUAAUCGUAUUUUGAUACGAUCACGUGUACAUAAGUUUACUUGAGGAGUUUAUAGUUUACGUACAUGUACAUACUUGCUUUAUUCUUUUAGCACAUAAUGUACAUUUACUGUAAAAGGUUUUUAUAUAAGGGGAAAUAAAACUGAACCGUACACCGCGUGCUGUGCAUAACACAGCGGGAGCACGAGUGCGUUCGCUGCUUUUGCCGCGGCUCAACCGCUCAAUCUCUCAGUGCCUCGCAGCUUUCACUAACGUUACACCGUUCAGGCACAAUGAUCGUGUUAACAAAAUUUAUUUAUACACUUGGUCGGUGACAACGACAAAACAAAGAUUGUACGAUUCGUGUUAAACAUGACAACAAUCCACGCAGAUAAUUCGAUGUAACGGAAAGAAUGAGAAAGUCAAAAUAAAUCAGUGAAACAUAA